AUGGCAUUCAAGGCUUGGAUGAACCCGCAGAGACACGCGCUGGUGGACCCGAAUAGCUUCAACAAAGCGACGAACACUCAGCGCUUCAUCUUUGCUCUUUCCAGACUUGUCCCACUUAUCAUUCUUGCCUUCAUAUACGUUGCUGUUGAGCUGUCGCUACUGCUGUUUCUCACCCCCAUGCCGCGCGACUUUAGCCCGCCACAGCGACGGUACUUCCACAUAGGCUGGGAUAGAGCCUCCGUGUUCCGAGCUGUGUUCUCUUUGCACUGGGCCUGGUUGACAUAUCUCAUUCUUACCGCGGCACAUUCUGCACUAGCAGUUCUGUUUGUUAGUGUUUUGCAGCUGGACGAACCCAAGGAAUGGCCGCUGCUGUAUGGGAAUCCUCUCAGAGUGAACUCCAUCCAGCGCUUCUGGACUUCCUUCUGGCAUCGUCUGGGAACAGAGUCUCAGCUUCGCUACGGGAGACUUGUGUCUCAUGCUAUCCUUGGGCUACAGCCACGAGGCACCUCGGAAAAGAUAUUUCUAGCCCUUUGGGUCUUUACCUGCUCUGGGUUUGUUCACGCUCUCGUUACGCACAAAACCGAGCCAGAGGCGGAUGCGCGGAGCGAUAUGUGGUUUCUGGUGCUGAAUUUCUCUGGUGGGCUCUUCGAGUUUGCGUUGCGCCAACUUCAAGCUGGGACGACAGCUCGUUCACGCGGUCAGAGGCUUCUACAGAGCGGUCUUGGAUAUCUGUGGGUUAUUCUAUUCUUCUACUGCGUUGUUCCGCCAUAUCAAUAUCCCAUCCUUCACAAGGCUGCCGUCAGGAGGAUGCCGUUCAAGGUCAACACGAAGCUGAGCCUACAUGUAUGA